UUCCGCGCAUUCUGCUGCUGCUUUUGCUGUUGUUGUUUUCUGUAACGAACUUUUCCGCAGCAGCACCGCAAGACAUCCGCGAACGGAUUUUCCGGGAAAAACUAGAUUUUAGUGCCUUUUCCGUCCAGCAAAAGUGUUACAUUUAAUGAGAAAUUAAUGAAAAAUCUGUACUUGAUACUGACGAAAUACCACUGCUUCGAGAAUGAAGACGAUGCGACAGAAAACUCCCAUCAAGGUCCUGCCGAGGGUGACGCCCCUGCAAAGUCGUGGAAAUUCUGGCAACAACUUGCAAAGCGAUCCGGUUCAUGUGUACUGCCGCGUCCGUCCGUUGCCGUGCGAAUCAGAUCUGUCCUGUUUGCGGGUCACCGCUCACAAUACGGUCGUAUUGACGCCGCCUGAGAUUGCCAUCAACUACAAGAUCACGGCCCUGAAGGAGACCCAGUACAUUUUCAAGCAUGUCUUCGAGGCGGCCGCUUCACAGCAUGAGGUUUACUCGUCGGUGGCCCAGCCGCUGGUCGAAGGGUUGGUUCGAGGGAGGAACGGGUUGCUGUUCACGUACGGGGUCACAGGAAGUGGGAAGACCUACACGAUGACUGGGGACAUCCAUCAUCGGGGAAUUAUGCCGCGGUGCUUGGAUGCCCUGUUCCGGACGAUUGCCGAUUACCAGGCGAAGAAGUUCGUCUUCAAACCGGACCGAUUGAAUGGGUUUGACAUCCUGUCGGAGGCGGACGCGAUGCUGGAACGGCAGGCGGAGAUGCACUCGAAGAUGAACAAAGCGAAACGGAACAAGGACCUGGAUCCGGAGAUUGCCUCGAAGGCUUCGGUGGAACCUUCGGAGCUGAGCGGAAUCGAUGAGGACAACAUCUACUCGGUGUUCAUUACGUACGUUGAGGUGUACAACAAUUGCGUCUACGAUCUGCUGGAGGAAACGACUAUCCAAAAGACACUGCAAAGCAAAAUGGUUCGCGAGGAUGCCAAUCGCAAUAUGUUUGUCCACGGUGUGACCGAGGUCGAGGUCAAAACAAUGGACGAAGCACUGGAGGUGUUCCAGUUCGGUCAGAAGCGGAAACGCGUAGGUCACACCAUUCUGAACGCUGAGUCCAGUCGAUCGCAUUCGGUGUUUACGAUUCGUCUGGUUCAGGCUCCUGUGGAUAAUCAUGGGGAACACGCGGUUCAAGAUAGGAAUGCAGUGACGAUCAGCCAACUGUCGCUGGUAGAUUUGGCGGGUAGCGAGAGGACCAGUAGAACUGGGAAUACAGGGCAACGGUUACGCGAGGCCGGUAACAUUAAUAAUAGUUUGAUGACGUUGCGAACGUGUUUGGAGAUUCUGCGGGAGAACCAGAUGACGGGGAGUUCCAAGAAAGUGCCCUACAGAGAUUCGAAGAUUACUCAUCUGUUUAAGAAUUAUUUCGAUGGCGAGGGACAAGUCCGGAUGAUCGUUUGUGUUAAUCCAAGAGCGGAGGAUUAUGAUGAGACUGCGCAGGUUAUGAAGUUUGCGGAGAUGACACAAGAUGUUCAAAUUACACGGCCAACACCGGUUAAGGUUGAUAUAGGGUUGACUCCGGGUCGUCGUAAGGCCAAUCAACUGUUCAAGAUGGCUAUGAACGACAUAGAGAAGCGGCACAAUGAGGGAGUCAAGGUGGAUGUAGAUCUGGGACUGGUCUACAGCCUGGGUCCAAACUUCCCGGAAUUGAGGAUGAAUGGACCCGAAGCGCAGGAGAUCACAAGGGAAUUGAUCAAGCUUCUGGAGAUGAGAAUCGCUAAACGCCGGUCGUUGUGCGAUGAUUACGAUGCGCGGCAGGACCGGUUCCGGAUGAACCUGUUGAAAAUCGAGAAGGAAAACGUCGCUCUGAAAGCGGAGAAUUCGUCCGUCAAAGGAGUUCUGAACCAAAGCCGUCAGAAGAUCAAGGCAAUGGAGAACAAAAUCGUGAUCUACGAGAGCUCGAUCGAUGAUCUGAACCGUCGCAAUCGAACGCUGGAAGACCGCGUCCGAGAAUUGCAAACCCAGCUGAACCAGAAGACGCAGAUGCUCAAUCAGAAGGAGAUCGAGAAGGAACGUCAACGGAAGAAGUUCACAUCGAAGAUCGCCGUCGAAUCGGAGAAAAUGAGUCGCGAGCUGGAAGUAAAGCUGCAGGAACAGAAGAACAAACUCCGCGAAGAGAUGCGCGACAAAGACGAACGGUUGAGAUUGGUAUCGGAGAUCAUCAAAGGUGAAACGCCGAUCAAGAAGGUUGGGCGAUCGAACAGCGUGGAUGAAUUGGCCACGCCACUUACCAGUCACGUGACGGCCACUCCCAAUGGGGCACUCCAGACGCCACGUUCCAGAAGGGGAGUUGCAGUGGCCAAUCCUCGUCACCGGCGGUCCCGUUCUACCGGGGAACGUUGGUUGGAGCACAGAGCGGCAAACCCCGUCCCACUGGGAACCAUUUUCCAGCCUUACUACCACGAUCGGAAAUCGGUUACGAAACUCACGGACGCUCGAGACGUGACCGAUGCCAAGGCCUCCAAGUACUGUCUCAUUUCGCAGGAUGCCGACACUGAGGGCGAAGUAGAAACGAAGAUAUUCAAAGGGGACGUGGUGCCGACUGUUGGAGGAGGAGCCCAAGUGAUCUUCAACGAUGUGGAAUGUCUGAAGCAGUAUUCACCUACGAAGUCUCCGAAUAGCCGGAAGCGCUCCAGUAGCAACCACAUGGCAGUUGCCCUUCCGGUGGCCAGCGCACCGACCCUGGCAGAGAUUCAAGCGACGAGCUCGAAGCGCAGCACUGGGAUCGAGGGACCUGCCGGAAGCGGUGGCAAGAAGCCGAAGCAUUGAUUUUCUUCCGGAGGUUUAUAAAUGUGGGAUGUUUGUUGUACAUAUUGAAUGAUUAACUAACAAGUUUCGAUGUAUUAUUUUAUUAUUCUGGAAUAUAAAACCAAUAAUUCAA